AUGGGUUCUUCUUUCUUUAGCAUAACCUCAAUCUCCAUAGCUUGCAUUGCGCUAAUGUCCUUCUUGGCUAUGGCUCCCUCCCAUGCCUUUGAUCUAAACUCUAUUUGCUCUGAAACCUUGAACGCUUCUUUUUGUUCACACGUCCUGAGUUCGGAUCCCCGCGUGACGAAGUCACUUCUUCACAGCCUUGUCUAUGUCACUGUAGAUUUGGCAAAUUCUAAUGCCACAGUCACUAGAGACCACCUAGUCCAGUGGCAAAAACGUACGGACAAUCCUCAGUUGAGGGCAAGGUACACAUCUUGUUCCAGCAAUUACAAUGAUGCCAUUGCUGAUUUCCAGCAAGCCAGGCAAAGUGUAGGGCUUGGUGACUAUAGUGGUGUAAGAGAUGCAGCAUCUGGUGCCUUGGGAGAAUUCAAUGGGUGUGCAGAGAACUUCAGGCAGCCACCAGCUGAACCAUCAACACUCUGGCAAGAUACUCCGGAUUUGUUAGAUCUUUCUAGUAUGGGUUCGUAA